UUGCAUCAAUGUGCAAUCUACAAAGUGUCCAGUAAGGGUUUUCCUAUCAAAAGUGCCCUUCUUAGGUUUCUUUUUAGGUCACUGAAACAGUUGGAGGAGGGAGAAAAGGAAAGGUGUGUAUGCAGUUGGAGUUUAAAAAAGGCUUAUAAACAAGGGUGUGUCUUGCAACACUUAAGCAGGCAAAAGCAGUGGGAAGCUGUGAGCUUGUCCCAGCAGGAAUGGUCUCUGCUUCUGCUAAUGUUUCCUCUUUCCUAAGACGGAAUUAGCUAAUGGCUGAGGCUCAGAGGCAUCCAAAAGACAGCAGCACAAUGCUUCUGACAGACCGUGGAAGGAUCCAUGGUGUGCACCUCUCUCCGUCUGUGGCAAAUUCAAUACAAGAGCUGUUGGAGCAGAUCAUUUCUGAACAUGAUACUUUCCGGCGAGCCCUGACUUUUCUCUCGACUGGACUGGCCAAACUGGAGAAGCGCCUGGAAGAGACAGAUCACCGGUUAGAAGCACUGGAAGCAAAAGUGGUGUCCACACAAAGCUGUGUAGUCAAACACUCCACUCUAAUGAGGGAGCUAGCAGUGGGGCACCUGGGGGCUGACCGCAGGCUGGAGAGCCUAGAGAACAAAGUGCGAGCUCGGAACUUGAGGGUCACUGGCGUCCCAACAGCUGUCAGAGAUGGCAACCUCAUCCCGUUCCUAGAAAAUCUGAUGCCAGCUGCCUUGGGUUUAAAUGGGAAAGAGGUUCCCAUCUGCAUCGAAAGUGCAUACCGUCUCCCAGCAAAGAAUGCUCAGGAGGGUGGUAGCAGCACAGUGCUAAUAACUCUCUCUGAUUUACGGCAUCGGGAGGGCAUAUUGAAGGCAUCCUGGGCUUCCCAGACAGCUAAGUUCCACGGACACAAGGUAUCCUUCUUUCCUGAUCUCAGCCCAGCCACGUAUGCCAGGCAGAAGCAUUUCAUUGCACUCAAGCAACAGUUUCUGAAGGCAGGAGCUCGGGCUUACAUAUUGUGCCCUGCAAAGUUAAAGGUGGUGCACCAAGGGAAAACGUACAUCUUCAAGGACAGCAUAUCUGCGGCCCAGCUGCUGGAUAAAAUCCAACAAGAAAGGAUGACUAUGACUUUGAUCCGCAACAGGCUGGGGCUGCUGAUUCUGGGAGUCCUCGUCACCUUUGUCCUCUACCUGUUGCUUCCUGCAAUCCAACAUGAGAGAUUUACAUCUUCAGUAGACAUCCCAAAGCCACGGGCUAUGGAGGAAGAGAUGAAGCAGGGUCAAAGCACUGGCAACGUCACUAUCUUGACAGGAACAGUCUUGCAAAACCCCUCUGUUUUCUUUAGAGAAGCUGUACAGGUACAAAAAGAUGGGGCUUCCUUUGUUGAAAGGUUGGCAGUGAUCCUCCUGCACGGUCAGUCCUUCACUUCCAAGAAAUGGGAAGAGUUGGGAACACUGGCUUUGCUCUCUGACAGUGGAUAUCGUGCAAUUGCCAUUGACUUGCCUGGCUAUGGGAACUCACCAAGCUCCAAUGCUGUUGAGACAUCACAAGGUCGUGUUGCAUUUCUGCAGCAAGUCCUGAAGGAGUUGGGACUUCAGAAACCUGUUUUGAUAAGCUCAUCCAUGAGUGGCCGCUAUUCCAUUCCAUUCCUCCUGGCCAGUGGGGAACAGCUGAUGGGCUUUGUGCCCAUUGCACCUGUGGGCACUAAGGACUUCACUACUCAGCAGUACCAACAGGUCAAAACACCAACAUUGAUAAUCUACGGAGAGCGUGAUACUGGCCUGGGCACUCAGUCUCUUCAGAGCCUUCAACAGAUCCCAAAAUCCAGAGUUGUCAUGCUGCCUGGAGCUGGCCAUGCCUGUUAUCUUGAUAAGCCUCAGGAGUUCCACAAAGCACUCUUGAACUUCCUCAGUGAGCUGAAGUGACUGUGGUACUCUAUCUACCAUGCCCUUUCAUCCUCUUCCUGGGAAAGAACCAAGACUAAAUCUCUGCCACAUCACUGAGUUGCUGUGUGUUUGAAUCUGUUCCUCCAUGUUUAAAGGGCUGUAGGGUUUACUGACUGUUGCCAGGGGAUUGCUUCUCCCUACUUGCUUGUGGGACUCCUCUUGUUACAACUGCUCCAGGCUUGACUGUCUGAAUUCUGCAGUCUGGCAGAAAUAUUGGAUCAAGGGUAUAUGGAGUAGGAUGACACCAUUUUCAAGAUAUUUGUUGUGAUGGCGCCUGGAGAACUUGAUAUUGCUGUCAGCAUUUGCCCCAUUUUUAAGAACCAAUCCCUCCUGCUCACCUGAUGCCUCUUCAGCUCGUUUCUUGUUUCAGGAGCACAAGCCCCCCAUGUUAUGUUGCGGCCACACUUCUCUAUCACCAGCUGACUACUUUUACUGGUGUGUAUGCUCCUGUUUUAAGGAUUGAAUGCUUUCCAUGGGUUUGUUGCUUUACUUCUCCCCACUGUUUUGGAAGGAAUCUUCUCAAGCUUGUCCAUCAAUUGAAGGAGACUGAAUUAUAGCACCCCAGUAAGACUAUGAGUGUGUUCGUCCUUGUUUGGAAGAUCUGAACAGGAAAAAACCAUGGCAGGCACUAAUUUUUGGAAUUGGCCAAGAGGCCUUUGAGGGACAUAGGAAAAUUAUUGGUUUUUUUAAGUGUCUUUUUUCCCUUUCCCUUUUGGUAACAGUUUGUGAUACUUUGGGAACCCAGCUGUAACAAGGUGGCUGGAUGUGGCCGAUUUUGUUUUGUUAGUAAGUGUUACAUGGAUCCUCACCCAAGAAAGAGGAGACGGGGGUGGGAUAUAGAGAAAAUGAUGCUAUUAGGUUUUCAGGGGAAUAUAGUCCAUAUGUUAAGGUAGGAGCUGAUAGCUUCUGCUUGGUGUCAUCACGUGUUUAGGGGGUUUUUUUGAGUGCUGCAAAAAUGUUAAGGGUCAAUAAAUCAUUUGUACAGAU